AUGGAGCCCAAGAUGGACGCCGGGCUGCUAGCACUGGCCUGCUCUGGCUCUUUCGAGGAUCUGGAAUCACUCCUCAACGGGAGACCAGCAGCCUACACCAUCGGAAGCUCGGCGACGCAGCCACCAUCUUUGUACACGGUCACUGUUGGAGGUGACACCCUUCUCCACGUGGUCGCCGCCAUCCAUGGCGACACUGAGGACUCCACCAAGAAGGCCAGCCUCGUCUUCGACAAGGCACCUAGCCUCCUCUUCGUGCAGAACAGCCAGGGAGACACACCCCUGCACUGUGCUGCACGGGCGGGGAACAUCCGAAUGGUGUCUCUUCUUGUUGAUCUCGCCAAUGGUCAGGGUGUUAACAAUGCUAAGGGGCUGCUGGAAACACAAAACAAGAACAAGCAGACAGCCUUGCACGAGGCCGUCCGCUCCGGGGACAAUGAUAUGGUCAAGUUGUUCAUGGGGGUGAACCCACAACUGGCCCGUUUUCCUGAACAAGGUACUUCGCCGUUGUACUUGGCCAUCUUACUGGAAAACAAAAUCAUCGCAAAUACACUCUACGAGUUGAGCGGCGGGGCUAUUUCAUAUUCUGGACCAAGUGGACAAAAUGCAUUACAUGCUGCUGUUCUCCGAGGCAAAGUGCACUUAAAUUUAACAAAUGAGAAAGGAAAGACCCCGCUUGAUAUAGCACAUUGCAAUAUUCCCAAAGGAUUGCAUUAUAACCAGAACACUGAAGUAAAAAUCCGUCUAGCGCUCGAACUCGCUGAUGCUAAACGGGGCAUUUGUCGCCUGGAUUACUUUGAAGAAAAUGAUAUUGUCCAAGUGAGAAAAGAUGAAAUGGAUAAAGUGAAAGAAGGGACAGCUUUCGCCAUCCCUGGAGGUUACAGGGCUGAUGACCACACUAAUGGGGGCACACCAACCCUUGCUGGAAAGUAUACUUUUGAUGCGUUCACCCUAGCCAAUGCACUUGCCUUCACUUUCUCUGCAAUGGCUACUAUUUCUCUCAUGUUUUCGGGAUCUCCCAUGUGGGGGUCAUUUUUAUCACCAAAACCAUUGAAGAAUCAACAGACAUCACUGCCCAACCUAGACAGCAGCAUCGAUGCGGUGGCAAUUGUUAGAAUCCAUGUCGACGUGCUGGUGGUUGCUGAAAUCCACGCGGGCGGUUUAGAUGGCAUCAUCACGUCACAAAGGACAAAUCUUAUAGUAUUAACCAGCACUAGAUUUAAGAUUUUUGAAGUCCAACAACAGCCUCAAAAUACUAUUAGUAGUGUUACAUUGUCAAAAAAUUCUACCUAA